UAUUCUAGUAGGCCUAGCAGACGGCUCUUAUAUUGCUAUCAUCAACCGAUCAAUCUACUAUACUACCGAACACAGGUACCACCACCAGUCUUCAGAAUCAGAUUCAGAACAGAAUAGAAACUGUGCCUACAUUUACUAUCACUAUUUGUGUAUGGAAUUGUCAUAUUCUGGAAUUAUUUAUAACGAUUAGAGUAUAAAAACUCAGAACAGAAGGAAAUUAAUUUUUUUUAAUAAUUCAUUAAAAACUACUGAGAAUAGUUUGGUCUUGUGUUUAACAAUAAUUAAUAAAACUAUUAGAAUAAAGAAGAGGUUAUUUCCAGCUCAUCGAACUGGCGAAACACAAGAAAAAGGUAAUGGGAAGGAGGAGAUCAAAUUCAGGAGAUCAUAAUGGUGGUACACAAACGCUCGUGAAAUCUGUUCAACCCAAAGAAAAGCAAUCCAUUAAAGAGAGUGAUAUAGUGCUUUGGAAACAUCCGUUUCAGACGUUGUCAUAUUUUUUGUGUGAACUUGGGUACCAGUUCAGUAGGUUUCUUGCAAGUCUAUUUAUGUAUCGAGUGUAUGUAUUUGUAUUGAUAUUUUUUGUUGUAAAUUUGCUAGUAUUAACUUAUGUUAAUGGUCCACACCAACCGGUCGUUAAUUGGUGUGCAAAAAAGCUAAAAUGGUGCCUAUAUUGGGUUGGUUUGGGUGUUUUGAGUUCAGUUGGACUUGGAACUGGCCUCCAUACCUUCUUAUUGUAUCUCGGACCGCACAUAGCAUCAGUUACCAUGGCUGCUUAUGAGUGUGGUGGACUCAACUUCCCUGAACCUCCUUAUCCUGACAAGAUCCUUUGCCCGUCUGGUGUUGAUCCUCGAUGGGUCGCAACCAUGGGAAACAUCAUGAAGAAAGUGUGGCUUGAAGCCACCAUGUGGGGUGCAGGUACAGCAUUAGGCGAGUUACCUCCGUACUUCUUCGCCAAGACUGCUCGACUCACUGGAAUCGGCCAGAGUGGAGAUCUCAAGGAUCUGAUGGAGUUAGAGAAGAAGAAGAAGAACCACAAUAAGUUAGGUUAUUUGGACCGUGCCAAGCUGGUGGUUGAGGAUCUAAUCAAACGAGUUGGUUUUUUUGGUAUCCUACUUUGUGCAUCUGUUCCUAAUCCACUGUUUGAUUUGGCAGGAAUCAUGUGUGGUCAUUUUCUAGUCCCAUUUUGGACCUUUUUCGGUGCAACUCUGAUCGGAAAAGCGGUGAUUAAGGUAAUGAUACAAAAGGUUGUGGUUAUUACAGCUUUUAAUGAUGCUCUAGUCACAAAGUUAUUGCUGUCAUUAAAAUACAUUCCUAAAGUUGGCUCUCAACUGCAAAGUAUAGUCACGGAGUACCUGAUAAAACAAAAAGAAAAGCUUCAUAACCCUACCGAUGACGGAUCUAAAGGAUUGAUGGAUAUCGCCUUAAACAUAUUAAUAUUCACGAUGAUUUCGUAUUUUGCCAUAUCUAUAGUGAAUUCUCUAGCCCAAGCUUAUCAAAAACGUGUGACCAAAUCAAACUCACAAAAAGCUACAAAGAAGAAGUAGUAAAUCCUUUGGAAAAUGACUUGCCUAAGAAUCUUUCAAAUAAUAACGUAUACACCAUUCCAUGUAUUAGUGAUCAUUGUAUACUAAUGGUAUCUGACAUUUGUAUGAUUGUGUUUGUUACCUUUGUAUUUAUUAAAAUGUAUUUUUAUUUUUAGUGUUUUAUUAAGGAUGUUUUUACAGAAUAAAAAUUUGUUCUUGUUAA